GCCCUUUCUCAGUUUCUGGCCGGAGCCCGCCACAGCAGAUGCAUCAGGCCCUGUAGACAAUUUCAAGGAAGCUCUUCCUGCAUUGUAGUCCCUCCUCCUCUCGCAUCGUGCGACCCGCUUUUUCGGCCUUUCGCGAUGGAUUCCUCAGCCUAUGAGAACCCCUUCGAGCGGCUGUCUGAUGACUUGCUAAUGAACAUUCUGAACAGACGACUCUGGCGUCCCCUAGAUAUUGGUGGAGAGAAGUCGAAGGAAAGGGUGCAGCUUGAGCUGGUUUCCAAGCGCUUCCAAUCAGUUGUUCGCACGUCGGGGAGUCUGGAAUGGGACUACAUGAUUGGGUCUGAGUGCGAAGAGGUAUUCAUGCGCUACAUGCUUGCUCGUAGCAGUGCAUCUGCAAGUCGGCUGACGAGAAUCGCUCUUUACAUAGGGGAGGACCUCUGCUUGAUGACCUUCCUGCUUCUGCUCAUUCCUCAGGCGCUGGAAACCCUUGUGGAAGUGCGCCUCUUUGUGUGGGACAGUGACCCGCUCUGUGUCAACUGGGAGGGCGUGUUUAGACUGCUCCAGGCAUGCAGAAAGCUCACAAUACUGGACAUUACUCUGUGGGACAACCUUCCAGACAUGCCUUCCACUGUUCUCGAUUUUACAAUACCUCUGAAACCGUUUGCGACGCUCCAGUCUCUAUCUUUGUAUGGCUUUGCUGUCCCUGGCGUCAGCUUUGCCUCCUUCAUUCAGGCAUUCCCAGCUCUCCAAGUUUUAGAGCUACACCAACUAGAAGGGGAGUCAUACCUCGUCGAUUGUAGCAAGUUGAAGAAACUUUUUUUGUGGCGCACUGGAGGUGCGGGCGAGGAAUCGGAGAAUCCAACCACAGUUCAUUUACCUCAAGGUCUGGAGACGAUCCUCAGCAUUUUGUCUUGCGAUGACAGUUGGACACUGAAAGAGCUCGCUUUCACGAAGCUGGAACACGUCCUGCUGAGGAGCGCCGAAGCACGGAAGGCAAUUGUCAGAAUGCCGGGGGCUGUGCAGGGGUUAGUGAGCAACCUGGACCCGGACAUCUCCCCAAUUCACACAGAGCUUGCGGUGCUCCUGCUAGAGAAGUUGGUUGUCGAACCUGAGGCACAACGGAUCCUGGGGAGGGUGCCUGGGAACCUGGAAAAGUUGGUAGAUGUUGUGAUCGAAGCUGAGCUAGUUGAAGGGGAGGAGGUCCAACAUCGCGCGGCUGGGAUCCUGCUCUCGGUUGUUCAGUUUAAUCCAGGGAGCCGGGAGGUGUUGGCGGGCCUUCCAGGCUGCGUGCGCGGUCUAGUGGGGUUUGCAAUACAAGCGCUGGAGUCUGGAGCACACAUGAACAUCAGAAUAGCGCACAGAGUCUUGCAGGUUCUUGCGAAGCUGACUGGAAACAACGAGAAUGGGAUGAACCCGUCGGCUUGCUUGUCUGCAGUGCUCGAUCAGCUGAAAACAGCUAAGGUUCCCGGGCUUUUUCAGGGGUUGGUAGAUGUCCUUGAUGACGAGAGCGCACGGGUUCAGAAAACAGCCGGAGAGGAGCUGGCGCGACUGGUGCACGGCUAUGACGACGUGAAGGCGGUGGCUGCAAUUCCCGAGUGCCUGUCCAAAGUGGUCGCCAACCUUACCCACGCGAGCUGGAAGCUGCAAGUCAGCUCCGCGCAGACCCUGCAAAACCUGGCGACCGACAACGAGACAGCGAGAGCCAUAGUCAAGGAGCUGGGUAGCGUAGACUGCCUCUUCGACCUGGUGGAGUGCAAGAGGCCGAUCGUGCGGGAGACUGCGCUUUCGGCGCUGUACAACCUGGCGUUCGAACCCGAGGGCCGUGCCGCCAUUGCCUUUUCCAAACAUCUCCAAAUGGUGGAGGUGCUUGUGCGGAUUCUGGACGGAAAGUGCGCAGAGUCAGUGCAGGAAGCGGCGGCGGCGCUCCUAGGGCAGAUGGCUUUAGACCCUGCAAGCAAGAAGGACAUCGCCGCCAUUCCCGGGUGCUUGCCGCUGCUGACCGGUUUAUUGAAGAGCGGAAGCGCGAGCGUGCGGGAGCACGUUGCCUGGGUGUUUUACGGCCUAGCGGAGGACCCCAAGGUUCGCAAGUCGGUGGCAGCUUUGCCGGGGCUGUUUCCGUUGCUGUCACAAUUUCUGGCCGACGGGGCAUCGGACGGGAUGCGCGAAGCGGGGGCGGCGGCGUUGGGGUCACUGUCAGUGGACGGGGACACCGCAAGGGCGGUGGCGCAAACGGAAGGGUGCGUGCAGGGCUUGGUCGGCGCUUUGGAGAGUGGGUCUGCGGACGUGGUUAAGGAGGCGGUUAAGGUUCUGCGAAACAUUUCGGGUGACUCUCAAGGGCGGGAGAUGAUUGCCAGAGAGGAAGGGGCGGUGCAAAGGCUCAUGAACCUUUCUAAGGCUGCUGAGGGGCAGGAAGGGGUCCGGGAGAUGGCGGCGGAAAUCUUACAGAAUCUGGAGGGGGAUCCCUCCUAUAGAGAAGGGGCGAGAGAACUAGAGAAGCGGGAAGCCGCGGGCUCAGAAAGUUCCUUUCACUCAGCUGAAGGGGGCUCUCUGGGGGAUCCCCCGAGAAGCCAGGAGUCCAAAGGGGUUGCCCAGAUGAUGACGUCACCUGGCUCGCGUGACGUCAGGGGUCCAGACUCGCAUGGGCUGGCAGAACGGUGUCAGCUGGAGCUGUCUCCAAGAGACGAUGUGCCGAGUGGAUAUAUCCAGGGCACCUAUCCAGGCUGGCAAGCAAGGGCGCCUCGUUGGGUGAUGACGUCAGCGCUCCCCGUCUGCGCCCGUGCCAGCAAAAGGGGCGUGGGGAAAGCUCCACGGGCCUUCCCAAGCGGACAGCAUACGGAGGGGUCAGUGAUCACUUGCGCAUACGUGCUGCAGCACUGAUGAUGACGUCAGCUGGCUCGAAUGACGUCAGCGCCGGGCUCCCGCAAGGACUGGCAAGCUCGUGACAGUUGGCCAGUCAUUUUCUGGAAGACGUUGCGCUUGGUGGAUUUCUUCCAGGCGCCUGCCCCGUGCUGUCGUAGAAGGGCACCUUAUGCAGAUAACGUG